UUAUCGGGCACUUUUCCGAUUUCCGAUUAUCUUGCCGACCGGUGCUGACUUUCCCGUCGAGAGCACCGGACGUCUUCGACUGAUAACUACUAACUGCUUCCUUCCCCAUGUCAACUGCUCCUGUCCCUGCUUGCUGGCCAUGAGCCUUGAAUCAUCCCCUUUUCUAUCUACCAGUGCGCGUAUUGAGGAAUGAUAGAGCUCGGCCUCAGUCGGAUCUCCCGCCUCCUCCAGCAGACUCCGCCGUCAUGGAAGGCCAUCCACAUUGCUGGAACUAAUGGCAAAGGCUCCAUCAGUGCCUAUCUAUCUCACCUGCUGUCUGCCGGUGGUGUGCGCUGUGGUCGUUUCACCUCCCCACACCUGAUUGACCGAUGGGAUUGCAUCACGAUUGGGGAGAGUGUUGUUCAGGAAUCACUUUUCCGACAGAUCGAAGCUAGAGUCAAACUUCGCGAUCAAACCCUCGGUAUCGGUGCUAGCGAAUUUGAGCUUCUGACUGCAACUGCCUUUGAGAUCUUCAAUCAUGAGCAAGUCGACAUCGGCGUAGUCGAGGUCGGCAUGGGCGGCCGAUUGGACGCCACGAACAUCUUAAGUGAUGUUUUAGUGUCCGUCAUUGCGAAAAUCGGACUCGACCACCAAUCCCUACUCGGAGACACCAUCGAGCAGAUCACACGCGAGAAAGCAGGCAUACUGAAGGCUGGGGUCCCAUGCGUAGUGGACGGUACCAACUCGACUGAGGUAAUUACAACACUGGAGGAACGUAUUAGGGAGCUAGGGAUCAAGUCGACUUUUGUUCGCCCAGAAACCCAGUCACCGAUACUUGGCCGCCUUUUCGCCACACUCGACCUGCAACCUCAUCAACAAGCCAAUAUGUCUUGCGCGGUGUCUGCACUUCGGUUAUCACUGAGUCAAUUCCGUCCCGAUAUCAAUGUCGACAUGCUCCUCCCUCACUUGUCGAGCGUGGUGUGGCCGGGCCGCUUGCAGAAUAUUACAUUGAAGCCUUUGGUGAGCCGCGAUCCGCCCGUUCUACUUGAUGGUGCGCACAAUGCUCAGUCUGCAGAGGUGCUGGGACAGUAUGUGGAUCGCAAGCUACGUGCAGAACGUGCCAGUGUUACCUGGGUUAUUGCGGCCUCGAAAGGAAAAGAUUUAUCUACCUUAUUCCAUAACAUGAUCAGGGCUGGUGACAAAGUCGCAGUUACCGCAUUUGGCCCUGUCGAUGGAAUGCCCUGGGUCAAGGCGGCCGAUACUGAAGAGGUAAAAUCGUGUGCCCAGUCUAUCACAGAGAGCGGUCGAGUACGGACGUUCGGGAGCGAUGUCUCUGCUGCGAUUGAAUGGGCUUGUCACGAAGCCGAUGGCGGCCCAUUGGUCAUUGCUGGUAGUCUUUACCUUGCCUCUGAUGUUUUGCGUCUUCUUCGAGAAGCACAGGAAUAGCUAAGGCAUAUUUAUAUUCAAAAGAUACCCAUUCCAGCAUCUUACUAGCUUGUCCAUCUCUCUUGAGCACGCCCUAUCAGUAAUAAAAGUAUGCUUGUACCAUGUUUAGC